AUCCGUCUGUCUGUCCGGUGAUGAGCGCACACCGGUGCCGGCAGCAGGCGGGCAGACGACGGCGGGGAAGACGCGCUUUAUCACUAUCGCAUUGAACCGCGACUUUGUCAUGUUUAAGAACCGGAAUAAUUCUUGAAAAGCGUGAGAGUGAUUUUCAACGUGAAGAUGCUGACAGACAUGAUUGUGGAGGAGGAAUUUGAGAUCAAGGAGGAGGAACCGUGGUACGACAAGCAAGACCUUGAACAUGACCUGCAGCUGGCCGCCGAGCUCGGGAAGACUCUUCUGGAGAGGAACAGGGAGCUGGAGCAGGGGCUGCAGCAGAUGUACUCCACCAACCAGGAGCAGCUGCAGGAGAUCGAGUACCUGACGAAGCAGGUGGACCUCCUCAGGCAGGUCAACGAUCAGCAUGCUAAAGUGUACGAGCAGCUGGACGUGUCGGCCAGAGAGCUGGAGCAGAGCAACCACAAACUGGUCCUGGACAAUAGGACGGCCCAGCAGAAGAUCCAGGGGCUGACAGAAACAGUGGAGCUGCUGCAGACGCAGGUGGAGGAGCUGCAGCAUCAGGUAGAGGAGAUGAAGUUGAGUCCUCAGCCUCACAGGCCUCCACACAGAGAGAGGUGGCCGACUCGCAGCAGCCACAGUGUGUCCUGCCUCAAAGAGCUGCAAAACACACUCAGGUACGACUACGAUCCUGAUGAAUCUUCAGACGACCGUGAGUCCUCCGACAUGUCGUGGCAUGAGGAGGAGCAGGCAUCGCUGCGUCAGUCCCUCCGCACCCUCCAGACUCAGUUUGCCAGUGAGCGUGCUCGGAGGGAGCAGGCAGAGCGAGAGGCUGAGCUGCUCGCCGGCGAGAACACAGCGCUGGAGCAACAGCUGGCAAGGAUGGAGGGAUGUCAGGCCAGAGUGUUGGAGCUGGAGCUUGAGGCUGAAGAGCUUCGUCAGCUCUGGAAAUCAGAGUCCUCUACAAGAUCCUGCAGACCGGGCAUAAUCCAUAACCUGCUGGCGGACCCGAUGUUCCUCAACCCGGAGGAGGAGGGGGGUGAAGGGGACACGGCUGCAGCUAAAAGCCCCCGGGUGCUGAAGCAAUGGGGCAGCGAGCGGCUGAUGAAGGUGACGCAGAUGCCCGACUUUCCCGACAAGAUCUACGACCAUGAAUGCUCCUGCGUGCGCCGAGCCGAGGUGGUGAAGUAUCGCGGGAUCUCACUGCUCAACGAGGUGGACGCCCAGUACAGUGCCUUGCAGGUGAAGUACGACGAGCUGCUGCGGCGCUGCCACCUGGGGCCACAGGAGCCUGAGGAGGAACAGGACGGUCAGAGCCAUAAAUCGGUCCAGACUCCGUCCCCCAUUGGAGCUUGUCCCGCUCUGACAGACAUGGAGGACUUCGAGGAUGACUUUCAUCAGCCAGAGUACAAGGAACUUUUUAGGGAAAUUUUCUCCCGUAUUCAGAAAACCAAAGAGGACCUGAUUGAAAACAGGGGGAGACCCUCAGCAGGUGACACGCUGCCUAUUUUGCAUUAGUUGCUUCCAAAAAAAAAAGAAAAGAAAGAAAAAGAACUGCUGCAAGAUUAAUUAUCGUCUUCCAGUUACAGAACGACUCUUUGGAAAGACUCUCACAGCAGCACAUCAAGCUCUAUACUUUACAGUUUGUUAUUUGCCCAGAAAUACCCAGCAAAGGGGUUUAAUAUAAGAGUGAUGCAGAAACAAGAAGACCGAACACCACCAGCUCACGUCUCAGAUGUGGCUCACUUUGCACAGAAACACCAGUGCCUAACGCCGCCGUCUCUACUGUACAAUCACUCUACCUCACUUUGCACAGCCCCGGUUUUAAACAAGCUCCUGAGGAAAUCAUCUCUGGGGAAUAAAAUGUGUUUUAUUAUGAUAAACUGUAUCGGUGACACUCUGUUUCACUGUUUCACAGGUCCUGUAGUUUCCCAGAGACGUUAAUGUGAAUUCACAAAAAGGUUCCUGGUAAAGAUAUAAACCUAACAUUGUUAUUUGGUACUAAUUACAGAAAGUGGAGACUGUGAUCAGUUGGUACACUUCCAGUUAAACUGUUUCAAUUAACUGCUGGUGUGACUUAGAAAGUCUUUUGUGCAGCCAGUCAGCUGAACAUGCAGAGAUGUGACAUAACAGCAGGUCUUCACAUUUAAGAAGCAGGAGCUUGAUCCUUUUUGGCAUUUCCCCUUUAAAAAUUACAUUUAAUCACAGUUAAUCAAUUGUGAAAAAAUUUGCUGCCAUCAAUCAACCAAUCGUUUUAGCUCUAAACUGCUUAUAGACCAACUCAACUUUAAGAUCUUUGUCUCUGUUGUCCCUUAUGUUUUUCCAGGAAACGUCCCUAGAAUAUUAUUAGGAAAAUUAGAUCUGUAAAAUGAAGCACCACUGUCAUAUCUGCUGUUUAUUUUCUUUACUGAUCUCCUAUGGUCAAAUGUGAACUUUUUAAUUUAUUCUACUUUGCAACUAUAGAAAAAAUGAAUAACUGUAGCUUUCUUGGUGAUAGUUUUGCCUGCGCCAAUGCAAGGAUGUCCAAUAUAAUAAGGUAUCUGAUGUUAUGGGAGUUGAUAUUAUCAGAAGUAAAAGCUGGCGAUUCCAAGGUGCUCAAAUAAUUAGAUUUUUUUUGUAAUUGUAACACGUAUUUCUCUUAUCUUAUACUUGAUAAUUGUAUGUUAGAUUAGACGACUGUGAGUGAAUGUUAUAUUAAAGGGAAGUUCUGACGUUUACCAAAAUAGUAACUCUCUAUGUACUUGAUAAUGUAACAGCCUCCUGAUAUAUUAGCCUCAGGAAGCGAUGUAUGAGUAGAAGCUUUUUCUCAGCAGCACUUCUGUUGCUUUUGCUGCCUGACGACGUCCCUGUGUCUUUGUUUAAGCUUAAAGACUCUGCACAUAUAGUUGUAGAUGUCCUGUUAAAUCACAUUAAGAUGCACUUUAGAAUUGCACAGAAAUUACUGAUGCUCUUCUGACACUUUAUAUUUCUGCCGUGUAAUUAAUGCAAGCGUGAUGUGCUACGGUUUCAAUCAUAUUCUAGACCUGAAUAAUCUGCAGUAUGUAUGUACGACGUGUUUUUACCUGUUUCAUGAUUGGAUGUCAUAGUUACUGUUAUUACUCUGAGCCAUAAAACAUGAAGCAAGUUGA